UCAGCCCAUGGCAGCAGAAUUGUGGGGAAGAGCCUUUGUCUGUAGGUGAUAGCGGGCAGGGGAGGGGCUCUGCGAUGCACGGGAGGUAUGUGAGUGCUGUGGGGUGGUGCUGAUAGCUGGGGCAGCGCUGGAGUGUGAGCGCUGGCGCGUUUUCAGCACGCAUCAUAUAGAGAAUGUGGGAGACCAGAGCGCAUUCCUAGACACAGACUCACCGUGUUGCUGCUUCCAGUAGAGCUGUGUGAAAUGUCAGAAGGAAUUAGACCCGUGCUGGAGCUGACAACCGCAUCGGGCUCUGCAGCGCUAGGCUUCACUGCACGUUUACAGCCAGGGUUAGAAACUGCACAGAAUGGGUGGAAACGGUGGUGGUUUGUUUGGGGUUUUGUUUUGGAUGCGGUGUGGGGGUCUUGUUUUGUUUUCCAGAAAGGUGACUGCCUAUGAAAUGUCAAAAACCAAGGCAAACCAACCCAAAAGGCUGCCUGGCUUUCUGCUUACUUCACCAGAGAGCAGCAGCUGUCAAAUCUGCAGCCAAGACUGCCUCAUCGCAGCCCCAAGAGUCCCUUGAACAAUAUGCCAGCUGAACAAGCAUCUCCAGUAAAAGCACACUGGAGUAUUCGUGCCUCUGGAACACAGCAUUACUUUCAGGCUGUGUUCAGGCAUGCCAGGCUUUGCUGACUGUACAGAAAUGGGAAGGGCUCAGUGUAGCAGCGUAUGUUUGUUGCAGUUCUGACUGUCUUGCAAACAGUUUUAGCUGUUAAGAGAUCAUGCUUGGCUUCAGAGCAAGCAAAAUGAUAAAACUACAUGUGCUGCAAGCAGGAGAGAGGUCUCAUCUGUGCUGAUUUGUAUCUCUCAGCUUCCAUUCAGGAGAUUAAGAUUAGGUUAAAUGACUGCAAUGAUCUCUGUUAGAAGAGUGCUGGAAAGAAAGUGAUUUUUCUUUGGAUGAAGCACACUGAGAGUGUGCUGCAAGAGGAGGAACAUUGUAGGUACUGUGAAGGUAGUCUAAGCCUGCUCACUGUGGGGGGUUUAGGAAGGUAUGUAGUGAACGUUAGCGUGGUGUGGUUGGAGGUGCGGCUAGUUGUCUGUGUCAGACGCUGCCUUCCUUGGCAUUCUCCAUCAGAAUGUGCCCUGCUGCAAAGAGCAGUUUCCCGUUUAUGCACUUGGCUCUUCCUUUGGCAAGAGCUGCUAUCUUUCAGCACUUACUAACACAGCCCCUCUUUGGAUCAAAGCUCCACCCCUGGUGUAGAAGUGGAGCUUAUUCAGGCUCUGUAGCCACGGGCUGUCCUCCCGCCAUGGCUCCUCCUCCCCUCCCACCCUUGGGUGGAACCAGAGAAGGGAAAACUUGACAAUAGUUAGCAGGCAGCAGAGCUUGCAAGAACUAUUGCAGAAGCAUGUCCAACUAGCCCGGUCAGCCGCUAUUGUAUCCUUCCCAAGGGUGCUGCUGCUGCCACUGAGUGCAGGAGAAGAUGGUUAUAGGCAUGAGAGCCAGGCAAAGUCUGAAAAGGAAUGAGCAGCCGAGAGACCUGGCAUUCCUUGGGCAGCUUCAGAGAGAGGUGAAGUAUCUGAAUCAGCGCAAGAUUAAAUGAGCACGGGCUGCUGCCAUGUUGGCAGAACAGAGCUGUUCAGAGGCAGUUGGACAAGUUUGUGGCUGAGCCGGUUUAUCCAGUGUUGAAGAUGGGAAGUUACUUGUCUGCCCCAGCUUACUUCGCUCCCAAGGAUCCCUUUCGGUGCUCUGAAUGUCAGGAUCCCCUCACUAACUGGUACUAUGAGAAAGAUGGGAAGCUGUACUGUCACAAAGACUACUGGGGGAAGUUUGGGGAAUUUUGCCAUGGCUGCUCUCUGCUGAUGACUGGACCUGUGAUGGUGGCUGGCGAAUACAAGUAUCACCCUGAGUGCUUUGCUUGUAUGAGCUGCAAAGUGAUCAUUGAAGAUGGGGACACUUACGCACUCGUGCAACAUUCCAGUCUCUACUGUGGAAAAUGCCAUAACCAGAUUGUGCUGACACCGAUGAUAGAAAAACACUCUACCGAAUCUCUGCGUGAGCAGCUGCCUUAUACGCUGACCCUCAUCUCCAUGCCAGCAGCUACCGAUGGCAAGAGGGGGUUCUCCGUGUCUGUUGAAGGUGGCUGCUCCAGCUAUGCCACUGGUGUCCAGGUGAAAGAAGUGAACAGGAUGCACAUCAGCCCAGAUGUCCGGAACGCCAUCCACCCUGCAGAUCGUAUCCUGGAGAUUAAUGGAGCUCCCAUUCGUACAUUACAGGUGGAGGAGGUGGAGGAGCUGAUCCGCAAGACGAGCCAGACGCUUCAGCUGCUGAUAGAGCACGACCCUGUCUCGCAGCGCUUGGACAGGCUUCGUCUGGACUCCCGUCUUCCCACACACAUGAAGGCGCCCAUCUCCCCACGCUCCCUCUCGCCAUUGGACAUCAAGGAGAAUCUAGAAGGAACGCUCCGACGGCGCUCCCUCAGGCGAAGUAACAGCAUUUCUAAGUCUCCUGGUCCCAGUUCUCCAAAGGAACCGCUCCUCCUGAGCCGUGACAUCAGUCGUUCGGAAUCCCUACGAUCCUCUUCUAGCUGCUCCCAGCAAAUCUUCCGGCCCUGUGACCUGAUUCAUGGUGAAGUACUAGGGAAAGGAUUUUUUGGACAAGCAAUCAAGGUGACUCACAAAGCAACAGGAAAGGUGAUGGUGAUGAAGGAGCUGAUCCGCUGUGAUGAGGAAACACAGAAGACUUUCUUGACAGAGGUGAAAGUGAUGCGCAGCCUGGAUCAUCCCAAUGUGCUGAAGUUCAUUGGUGUACUGUACAAGGACAAGAAACUGAAUCUCCUCACUGAGUACAUCGAGGGAGGCACCCUGAAAGACUUCCUUCGUAAUGCGGACCCGUUUCCCUGGGAGCAGAAGGUCAGCUUUGCCAAAGGAAUUGCCUCUGGAAUGGCUUACUUGCACUCCAUGUGCAUCAUUCACAGAGACCUGAAUUCACACAAUUGCCUAAUCAAGUUGGAUAAGACCGUGGUGGUGGCUGACUUCGGUCUGUCUCGGCUGAUUGUGGAGGAAAGGAAAAAGCCCACUUUGGAGAAGCCAUCGGCCAAGAAACGAACCCUACGCAAGAGUGACAGGAAGAAGCGCUACACAGUGGUUGGCAACCCCUACUGGAUGGCCCCAGAGAUGCUCAAUGGACAGAGCUAUGAUGAGACAGUGGACAUCUUUUCAUUUGGGAUUGUUCUCUGUGAGAUCAUAGGCCAGGUUUAUGCUGACCCAGACUGUCUCCCACGCACACUGGAUUUUGGCCUUAAUGUCAAGCUGUUCUGGGAGAAGUUUGUUCCUGCUGACUGUCCUCCAGCCUUCUUCCCUCUGGCUGCUAUUUGCUGCAGACUGGAACCAGAGAGCCGGCCCCCUUUUUCCAAGCUGGAAGAUUCAUUUGAAGCUCUCUCCCUCUACCUGGGAGAACUUGCCAUCCCCCUUCCAUCUGAGCUGGAGGAGCUGGACCACAACGUGAGUGUGCAGUAUGGACUGAACCGUGACAAGCUACCUGACAACACAACCUAGUCAGCUCAUCCUGCUGCCUGCCCCGCUUCAUUGGAGCUGAGUGACAGGGAGGGAGAUGCACUUCAGCCACUUCCAGGGCAUUAAUGGAGCACCACACUGUGCAUUUGCUGCAUUGCCUCUCUCUCCCCACCCAACACCCCUCCUCUUGGACAUAUGAUUCACUGUGGAUUUUUGGCAUGUUUCAGAAGCAAAAUGGGCUGUUUCCUGCCAACUGCACCUAGGAAAGCUGCUCAACACUACUUUUAUGGCUUGAGAAGUGUUUCUCUGGCCUUUCCAGGCUUCUUUACUGUGGUGCCUUAGAACUUGGCUGCAAGCUGUGAAGCCACCCUGGCCUGUCUGCCAGGGAGGGAUUUGCUAUAGGAGACUCUCCUGGGUAAGGACCAGCACUUCUGGAACUGCUUCUCCCACUGACUACCCUGCACAGAAAGCAGGGAAAUUGGACAUCCAGCAAAAGGCCCCACCAGGACAGUGUGUGUGUGUGUGUGUGUGUGUGUGUGUGUGCAUGUGCUUUCCAGAAUAACCCACUGAGAUUUUGGCCUCCAGGUGCAUCAUAGGGGAGGAAUUGAAAGCCCCAGGGAUUGGGCAGCUCUCCUGAAAUACCUUGUCUGUGGGGAAGCAUGUAUGAAUUCUUGUUUUAGUUUGGUUUUGUGGGGUUUAUUCCCUCCUCUGUCUCUGAAUACCUCCAAAAGCCUGCCUAGAAACACUAAGACUGAGCUCUGCUUGCCCCUCCUAAUGGUGAUCAAGGCAGGUGAGCUGCUUGAGCAUCUUCAGACCUGAGCCUGCACCGUGAGUCUGCCUGCCCAAGAACCUUAACCUAGGUGAAAGUAUUUGAACCCGAAUGUAUAGAACUGUGCUAAGCACUGACUGUGGACAUCCCUGGAGUGCUGAAGCUGCCUGAGCUCUCGCCCUGUGGACAUGAGGUGACGGAAAGGGUGGCAGAAGGUUCUCUUCAGCAAACCAAGGGUUUGAAGUGGCUCAGACUUUGUGCAUGGACAAUGAUAAAGGGGGAUAACCCCAGAGUUACUUUAAGGAUGGACUUGCCAUGAACAGAAAAGUGCUGGAGAAUGUCCCAUUCUCCCAGGAGUGGCAGCUGGAGAACUAAUAAUUCAGUUGCCAUUACCUCAUCCUUUCCUGCAGUUGCUCCCUUUGAAGGUCCUUCUUGCCUCUGCUGCUGCAGCACCUGAGCUGAUUCUCCAAGCAGAAACUUUCCUCAGGAUUAUUCCCUGCUUUGGGGGAGAAAAAAAGGGCUUGGAGUCAUUGGGAGGGGUGUGUUUGGGGGUGUGCUCUCUUCCAGCACUUCUCUUCUUCCUCCCUUGGAGGGAGAAUGAAGGAAGGCCACUGCUGCAGUAGCUCACAUGGUUGGCAGGACAGAACAAAACGUGGCUCAAGUCCUGCUCUCAAAUUUCACAGACACCUUGGUUUAACUGGAUUUUUAGUGUGCUCUUUUCUCUCCCCACUCCCUUCAGUAUUGAAUGGUGGGGAAUGGGUGUUUGUCUUUGCUGUUACUUUGAUUUCCUCCCCUACCCGUGAGUUUAAAGUAUUAUGUAACAUAACAUGGGACCAGGCAUCACCUGACAAAAGGUGUGAGUGUGGGGGUGUGGUUUUAGUCUGUGUAGUGGUGUUUUAGGAACACUGGGGGACUCCCUGUGCUGUGAGUCAGUGGAGGAGCCUCUCAAAACUGGGUCCAGUGGAUUCAGGAUUGUUAAUAGGAUUUGCCCUUUCUUUUCCCGUUCCAGGUUGGUUUGUGUGGGGACCCCUGAAGGGGAGAGUCCUGGGUGAUGUGUGGGUGGGGGUUAUGAACUGUGAUUUGCACAGCUCCAUGUUCUAACUAAAUUAAAAAGCAUUAAACAU